AUGCAGUCCGAAGAACAUGGUCGGCCCGUAGGGCUCCCAGACCUCCCAGAUGAGAUACUGUUACAAAUCAUAUCAUUUCUCGAGCCGUCCGAGAGCACAAGCCUGCAACUCAUCUCAAAGAAACUCCUUCGUAUCUGUCGAGAUAAUCCGUUCUGGCGCUCAGAAUGCUUCAAGAGGUCCACCUAUCUCGAUUCCUUACACCGACGGCAGGCGCUCCUGGGACGGCUAGACGAGUCGAAUGCUUCAGGCACCUCAGGCACCUCAGGCACCUCAGGCACCACUCAGCAUCAAGUGUCGAGUCUGGCUGAGGUUGCUGAGUCUAGGAAAAAGGAGCAUGUACGAAUUAUGGAGAAUUGGGACCCGUCAUACCCUGGGGAAAACGUGAACUGGUACGACGAGUACAUUCAACGUAAUGCGCCUGUCGCUGUCAACUGGCUGCAACAGCCGGUGCUGAGAGAUGGAGCCGAGAGCACUUACAUCGAGACACGAGGUGUUGCGCUGUACCGACCAGACAACGAUCAACAAGUACGUCAUGGCUUGGAAUCGGUCUUUGCCGUGUCACCCCUAGACGACGGUUCUGUCUGCCUGUGGGAUGUCACGGGGGCGAAGGGCCGCAAAGGGGCAAUCUUCGCUCAGAGCCGGCCAGGUAUAUUGUACAUUGAUGGUCCUUCUGCGGACAAUAGUAGCCGGUCGAAGCGGAUCGAUUCGGGGGUCACUGAGUGCGUCAGCGUGGACAGUAGACUACACAUUGCUUUCUUCGCCGUCCAAAACCAUCUAAUCGAGGUGGAUUUACGCAGGCUCACGGUGGUGGGAUGCGAAUCAUUCCCGUGGUCCAUCACCGCUCUGUCCACUACAGAUGCAGGCGUUCCUCUAACAGUUGGGACCAAUAAUGGCAUCCAUCCAUACGAUCACAGAUACCGUGCAGGAAAACAGACCGAUAGUUCGGAGAAGCUUGACGAGAUAAAUGGGCUGCAGGCACAGCAGCUCUACAAUAGAAGUCUUAAGGCUUUGUUCGACGACAAGCCAUUGCCUCCCUAUGCACCACUAUCUCACCCCGGGCCCCUCAGUAUUCUCCAUAUGCAGCGACCUGGAGCAGAAGCAGACAUCGCAGACGAGAUUUAUGUCGCGGGACGCUUCCCCAGUAUCCUGUUGUAUGAUCGACGAAUGUUCCCAUCAAUCAAGGGAAGCCUCCACUCGGGCGCGCGACUAUCUAGCCUGACAUCGCUACCCGUCCCUUUCUCGGCAGUGGACAACGAGCUUCGCAGGGAGGGCUUGUUGUCGCCUCACCAAAUCGAUCGAUCCAAGACCACACCGCCUGGCGGCCAGACGCUUAUUGCAUGUGGUGAAUACAAUACUAAAGGCUCUCUGGAGAUGUACGGUCUACAGCCCUCUUCUCAGUUGCCGACCUCAGUGCCGGGUGGUCUGUCGAACUCGGUCUUCAAGAACCGGCAAUCAUCCUCGGACUCGAAGCUACUUUCGUGCACAAACCAAGGCACGCGGCUCGUUUGCUCGGACGGAUCGGGGCGGAUCAAAUGGUUUGAAAGGGAUGGCUUCACAGAAGUGCGACGAGUCAAGAUCGGCCAUUGUGAGCGUGCGCAGGCCCCUUCUUUGUUCGCAAGUAUGCCGGGAUCCGAUGAUAUCGCAAGAAAACUGCUUGCGACGCAGACCGGAUCCAAAAGCGCCGUCAAUAGUAACGACCUGCUGUUUUGGACCGGUGAGAACCUCGGCUUGGUUACAUUCACAUCCUCGCCCGCCUUCACAGCUGAGGAUUUCGAGGAAGAAGCAAGGUCAGCUGCAGAAUUAGAGAAGGAGAAAGAGGAAAGGAUCUUCAGCGACAAGAUGCGGCGGGCGCUCGAGAGGCAGGCUGACGAUGUACGAUUCGUCAGGAAUCUCGGGCUUAGGGUCUAG